CAGUCAGGUUUCCCGGAAGUGCGUCCCUCAAACUGUCUGAGGUUUUGGCCCCAGUGGCGACUGGGAAAUAAACACAAAGUGACCCGGACCGGAAGCGGAAGUGUUGGUGACUGCGAGCUUUACAGGCUGGGUGGCCGGUGCCAGACGGGAGAGACAGGAGCGGAUACCGGUGGGACUCGGGAGGCUCCCUGGGGGCUGUGGGACUGACUGUUCCUUGACUGAGAGUUUACCCACAAAGAGUCGCCAAGAUAGCUGGCCCAGGUAGAAAACGUAGAACCCCUGACCCAGACUCCAUUACAGACCCCGGGGGCCCAUUCGUUUCCACCAAGCGGCAGAAGAUGUCUCAUUCUGCUGAGGGCACCGGCCAUAGGAGAGUGACCUGGGGAAACGAAGAUGGCAUCAACAGAAAGAAACAGAAGGACAAAGCCAACCAGGACAGCAAAGAGGGCAAAGUGUUUAACAAAGAUUCCACUGAUCAAAGUAAAGAGUGUCAAGUGACAGACAUGCUGAUUGACUGGAAGCAGAACUCUGGGGAAGUUAUAGUGAAGCUGAAUACCGGAUCCAGUGUCUUCAAUAUGGACCAACUUAAUGCUGAAUUCACUGACACAGAGUGUGUUAUUAAUUUCCCAGAGGGCCAGCAGUGGUGCUGUAAUUUUCAUCAAGAAAUUGAAGGCUCGUGCAGCAAGAUCCAGUAUAAGGAGAAGGGGAAUUUCCUGCAGCUCAUUCUACAGAAGAAGAUUCCACUCAACAAAUGGCCAACCUUAUAUAAGAAGAAGAAAAAAGAGACCAUUAAAGAACAAGCAAAGGUUGAUGGCCAUAAAGAAAAUGGGAAAGCAAAAGUGUCUCCAAAGCCUGUUUUACCAGAGAAAGUCCAGGCCCGGUCGACUGAUGUCAUAGAGACCAGGAGGACGAAACUUGAUCACCGGAGUGUUAAGCGCAGUCAAGAAAAAGCAAACUCCAUUUCUGGGGGGAAGAGCACUUCUCCAAGGAAGUCUGGGUCUGCCUCUGCCGUGCAGAGUGGAGCACAGACUAAACGUGGUGGCCCCCACAAAUCUGCCUCUCCAGUGUUGUCUAGGGAUGCCAGUCCUAGGAACCAGAAAGCAGGCAGCUCUGACGAUUGUUCCAAGUGUGCGAGCAGAAGGACUGACCGAACGCAAGAAGCAGAGGCACCCGUGGCCCCACACACUCCCAGUGGGGAACAGCCAGAUACCAAAGGAGAUCAGGUUGGCACUUUAGAAAUUGAUAAAGGACACCAUGGAGAUCAGCAGAAGUUGCUUCAGUCUGCAGCACCAGCAGAACAAAGUGCAAGUUCACCAGCAGCAGCGGAGUCCAGACUUCCUGUUGAUCCUGUUCUUGUAGAGCCUCAUGAAGAGUCAUCCGCUGUAUCUUCUGCUCCGACCUUGGAAUGUCCCCCAGAGUUUAUAGAAGCGCUGCGUGGUGAAGCAGAAGGGGCUGAGGAGCCACUACCCAGCCUUCACCCAGCUUAUUGUUGCCCUCCUUUGCUUAAUACAGAAGGAAACAAGAAGGAUGAACUAGAAGAUUCAGUAGGAGAUCCUGAGCCUAUAGUGAACCUGACCUUUGUGAAAAAUGAUCACUAUGAGAAAGGAAAUGACGUGGUGGUGGUUCAUGUCUAUAUUAAAGAGAUCUGCAAAGAAACAUCUAAAGUGCAUUUCCGAGAGCAAGAUUUUACCCUGAUCUUUCAAACUAGUGAUAACAAUUUCCUGCGACUCCAUGUAGAUUGCGGCCCUGACACGGUGUUCCGGUGGCAGGUGAAACUCAGGAACCUAAUAGAGCCAGAUUUGUGCCGAUACACUUUUACAGGAUCACGCAUUGAUAUCUCAUUGAAGAAGAAACAGAGCCAGAGAUGGGGCGGUUUGGAGGCGCCAGCCGCACAAGGUCUGCACCCUGAAUUCUACUGUUCACACCAAGAAAAAGGUGCAGUGGGUGGUGCAAAAGUUGCUGUGCCAACGGGCCCUACCCCUCUGGAUAAAACACAGUCUGGUGGUAAUCAGCAUCCCCUGUCUGGCAAGGAAGAGCCAAGAGUGGUAGAGAAGGAGAAACCUCGGACUGAAGACAGUAACCUGGACAAGGUUGCAAGCAGAGCAGUGGCUGAUCACGUGAAACCAGAGCCGCUUCUUGCUUCCCCCAAGCCGACAUGCAUGGUGCCUCCGAUGACCCAUAGUACAGUUAGUUGUGAGAACGCACACGAAGAGGAAGAAAAGCGAGUUUGUAUGCCAGGUUUUACUGGUCUAAUUAAUCUAGGAAACACCUGUUUCAUGAACAGCGUCAUUCAAUCGCUGUCUAACACACGGGAGCUGAGGGACUUUUUUCAGGAUCGCUCUUUUGAAUCUGAAAUAAAUUGCACUAACCCUCUUGGAACAGCCGGGCGUUUAGCUGUCAGUUUUGCGUUGCUGUUAAGAACCCUUUGGAAAGGAACUCAUCAUGCCAUCCCACCAUCCAAGCUCAAGGCAAUUGUUGCGAGCAAGGCCAGCCAGUUUACGGGAUAUGCCCAACAUGAUGCGCAAGAGUUUAUGGCGUUUCUGCUAGACGGGCUCCAUGAAGAUCUCAAUCGCAUUCAGAACAAACCAUACACAGAGACAGUGGACUCAGACGGUAGACCUGACGAGGAGGUAGCAGAUGAAGCCUGGCUGCGGCACAAGAUGAGGAAUGAUUCUUUUGUCGUGGACCUGUUCCAGGGCCAGUACAAGUCGAAGCUAGUCUGCCCUGUUUGCUCCAAGGUGUCUAUUACAUUUGACCCCUUCCUGUAUCUUCCGGUACCUUUACCCCAGAAGCAGAAAGUCCUUACCGUGUAUUAUUUUGCUAAGGAGCCCCAUAGAAAACCUAUUAAGUUCUUGGUGAGCAUUAGCAAGGAUAAUUCCAGUGCUGCUGAGGUCCUAGAGUCUAUUUCUCAAAGUGUUCGUGUGAAGGCGGAAAACCUGAAGUUAGCAGAGGUGGCUAAGAAUCGGUUCCAGCGAAUGUUUAAUCCAUCGUGCUCUCUGGAUUCCGUCUCGCCAGCGGAUCUGCUCUUUUGUUUUGAGGUGCUAUCUGUGGAACUGGCUAAGGAGCGUGUCGUUGUGUUAGAAGUUCAUCAGAGACCACAGGUGCCCAGCAUCCCAAUAUCUAAAUGCUCCUCUUGUCAGAAGAAACAGCAGUCUGAGGAGGAGAAGCUGAAACGCUGCACCAGGUGCUAUCGAGUCGGCUAUUGCAACCAAAUCUGUCAAAAAACCCACUGGCCUGAUCACAAGGCUGCCUGCCGACCAGAAAAUAUCGGAUAUCCCUUUUUAAUCAGCGUCCCAGAAUCCCGUCUAACAUACUCGCGUCUUGCACAGCUACUGGAGGGAUAUGCAAGGUACUCGGUAAAUGUGUUUCAACCCCCAUUUGUCCCAGGGAGGACGUCACCUGAUCAGGCCCCUCAUGCACUUAAUUUUGAGAAGUCUGAUGCCACAGUGCAGUCUGGCUGCUCCUUUACAGCAGAGACCGACGUGGAGGACAGAGCCUUUCAUACAGUGCAAGAAACUCAGACAGCUUCUUCAUCCUCCGUGUCACACCCAGAGUCUGGGGAUUUGAGUGUUGGUCACGGGAAGCUGGCAGCGGAGAGGACCUCUCUCAGUAGCAUGGACUCUGGUUUCUGUGAACAUCAUGCAGAAGCACUCAGAGAUGCCAAUUGUGAGGACGAGAAGGAAACGGUUUAUGAGAAAUCCGUCAAACCUGAAGCUGCAGUCCCUGGUUACCAGCAGUCUGUGGAAUCCCCAAAUUCUCACGUCUCUCUCUUCAACAUCCUCCUCAUCGACCCCUCCAAAAAGGAGGUGAAGCUGGAGGACAAAGAUGAGGCUUUUCUGGAUCUAACAGACGACUGUUCUCUUGCCCUGGUUUGGAAGAACAAUGAGCGGUCGAAAGAAUUUGUGCUAGUUAAGUCUAAAGAAUUAGAGUGUGAGGAGGAUCCUGGGUCUGCUAGCGAAGCAGCCAGAGCUGGUCUCUUCACCCUGGACCAGUGCUUGAAUCUCUUCACCAAGCCUGAGGUGCUUGCUCCAGAGGAGGCUUGGUACUGCCCCAAGUGUAAUCAGCAUCGAGAAGCAUCCAAGCAGCUGAUGCUGUGGCGGCUCCCAAAUAUCCUGAUAAUACAGCUCAAGCGAUUCUCCUUCCGAACUUUUAUUUGGAGAGACAAAAUCAACGACAUGGUGGACUUUCCUGUCAGGAACUUGGACCUGAGCACAUUUUGUAUUGGCCAGAAGGAAGACCACCAGCGACCUAUCUAUGAUCUCUAUGCAGUGAUUAAUCAUUAUGGAGGUAUGAUCGGAGGGCACUAUACAGCUUAUGCCAGGCUUCCCAAUGAUAAGAACAGUCAGCGCAGUGACGUAGGCUGGAGAUUGUUUGACGACAGUACGGUGACCACAGUAGAUGAGAGUCAAGUAGUCACACGGUACGCAUACGUCCUUUUCUAUCGCCGGAGGAACUCUCCUGUGGAGAGACCUAUGCGGGGGCAUCCUACAGAUCAUCGAACUGAUACAGCAGCAUCUGCAGAUGGUGCAGCAAGCCAGGGAGUGACCCAAAUGAGGCAAAGUUUAACCCCUGAAGAAUCCUCUCAGAUGACGGCAGAAGCAGUAUCUGAUCUGUUUACGCACCCGUCUGUUCCUGCGCCUUGUUACAGCAACAUGGAGGACGUUGACUAACAAAAUCAAGAAAAACAAUUUCUUUGUAAUGAGAGUCACAUGCAGGGGAUUAUUGUAUAUGGCUGUAUAAAAAGGCUUUGUUGGAUAUUUUUAUGUUUGGGGGGGGGGGGGCAUUCGCGUCACCCCAGGGGUAAGUUCUCUGGAACAGUAUAAUUUCCUCUCUAUCCCCUGCAGUGCAUUGUGGGCCUCUCUGCCCUAGCAGGGGUUAAUGCACCUUGUAGAUCUCUUACUGUCUAAUCCUGUUGUUUAUUUUACAUGUACAGCCUUCUACACAAGCUGGGCGCUACCGUCUUCAGAACUUACAAACCAAAUUCCUGGUUACAUCUGGCAAUAGCGGAGCUCACGAGAAACAAAAAUUCAGUGAUUUGCCAAUUUAUACACAGUUUGCCUGGCUUAAAAAUCUUUUUGUUGUUUAAUUGGUUGCAAUCCAAGAAAAAGGGUGUUUCUCAUUCAUCAUUGUCAUUUCCUCAUCAUAUUCUGUACUAUUUAAUUGCUUCAAUUUAAAGGGACACUGAACCCAAAUGUUUUCUUUUGUGAUUCAGAUAGAGCAAGCAAUUUUAAGCAACUUUCUAAUUUACUCCUAUUAUUACAUUUUCUUUAUUCUCUUGUUUAGAUGCCAGACCAUUUUUGGUGAACACCCUGGGUUGUUCUUGCUGAUUGGUGGAUAAAUUCACCCACCAAUAAACAAGUGCUGUCCAGUGUUCUGAACCAAAAAUUAUCUGGCUUCUUAGCUUACAUGCCUUCUUUUUCAAAUAAAGAUAGCAAGAGAACAAAUAAAAAUUGAUAAUAGGAGUAAAUUAGAAAGUUUCUUAAAAUUGCAUGCUCUAUCUGAAUCAUGAAAGAAAACAUUUGGGUUCCGUGUCCCUUUAAAGCUGAUUGAAAGCUUUUUAGUUCUGUUUUCUUGGUCUGGUACCUUAAAUCUAAGCCAGUAGGGUGUCCCCAGUCUCCCAGUAAGGGACUAAAAAGCUAUUAAUAUUCUUCACAUUGAAGUGAAAUUAUAUUAAAGUAUUGAAAUUUCCUUUAAAACACAAAUCUAAUCUGGGAAUUGCCUUUGUUUUCCAUAAAUGUAAUCAGCCGAUGUCAGGGAACUUUAUUUCUUUUUCCAAGGACACAGCGACAUCUCAAGCUUCUGUCUGUUUCUGGAAUACUUAGUACUAUCUGCUAGGAGCACACAUAUGCAGCUUUGUGUUGGAAGACGGUUGGGGAAUGCUUAGUUUGCUUACAUUAGAAUUACAUAUGAAUAUGGCACGACCAUUAAACGCAUAAAACAUCCAAUUUAAACAACUUUUUCUUUACUUUAUUAUGAAAUGUGCUUUGUUCUCCGGGUUUUUCUUUGUAGAAAAGUAAAUCUAGGUAGGCUCAGGAGGGUGAGUGCAUGCCUUUAGUAUUCUAAGGCAGCAGUUUUUGCAACAGUGUAUCACAUUGCUAUAAACAUGGUUGCGAACACUACGUCUAAAGUCACGUGCACACUCCUGAGGUCCUAUGAGCCUACCUAAAUUAACUCUUCCACAAAGAGAACAAAGCAAGUUUGAUCAUUGAAGGAUAUUGGAAAGUUGUUUAAAAUGUCAUGUCUAUCUGAAUCAUGAAAGUUUCAUUUUGGCCUUAAUGUCCCUUUCAAGAGACAUAAACCCCCCAACAUUUAUUUAAUGAUUCAGAUAGUGUAAAAUUAAAAAACGUUUAUUAUCAAAUUUGCUAUGUUCUUUUGGUAUUCUUUGUUGAAAAGCAGGUAGGGAGGUGUAGGAGUGUGCAUGGGACUGGUGCAAUAUAUGGAGGCAGUUUUAUAAAAUUUAUACAUAUGCAAGAACAGCAGUGUUUCCUGUCAUGUACUGCUCCAGGCGUGAACGCUGCUUAUCUACAUAUCUCUUCAACAAAGAAUACCAUGAGAACAAACAUAAUAGAAAUAAAUUAAAAAGUAUUGUUUUGAUUUGUUUAAAUUGUAUGCUGUGUCUGAAUCACGAAAGAAAACGUGAUGUCCCUUUAGGCAAAUUGUGCAGACUCUGUCCUAGCAGAUACAAAUAAAUCUUUUCGCGAACAGCAUUAUUCUUGCUGCAAAGACAAUAACACACUACACAUCUUUCCGUACAUUUACCAACAAACCUUUAAUGAUCAUCGCUAAAACUUUUUUUAUUUAUUGAAAGCUUUUUUGUUUUUCCUUUUCUUUUCCUGUUUUUUUAGGUGGUAUUGUUCAUUUGCUAUUUAUAAAAUAUCAGGGGAUGUGGACACGUAAUACAUUAAAAAACGAAAUGGCUUCCGUUACCAUAUAGGAUUUAUUGCCUUCUAAGCAAAGCAAGUUCCCCAUUUACAGCUGCUGUAGAUCUUUAGUUAGGGGUGUGUAGCCAUAAACUAGUGCAGGACAGAGCACAUUUAAUGAGCUUGAAGGAGAAAACAGUAGAUAGAAAAUAACGCCACAAAACAUUCAGAUAUUAGUGGACCUCGGUAUUGGGUAACAUGGUCUAAAACUCACGAGUGUCUGUCCCUGUAGUGCGCCACGUUAAAAAGGAGUUUCUGGGUUUGGCGCCAGUAUUCCCUUCAGUGAUUGUGCAAAUACCGCGUAGCAUAAUGCGGUUUUUAAUCUGGAUUUGAACUUCAUGGUAACCGCUUCUCUAUCAGGUGAUCUCAUAAGGAUGUCUAUUAACAGCUGAAACUCCAAUGGAAAUUUAAUGUUGCUUUUCUCUGUGGCUUAUCAGGCUUUGUACAUUUUAGGAAUAAUUAAAUAUUUCCGGGCCAGCUCCAGCCAAACAUGGCAUUGUGUCUAAGAAUUCUAAAAUGCGCAGAGACACCACAGGUUACACACAUUCAGCCACCCCUGGCCUGUUGUAUUGUGAUUGGUAAAUACCAGUGUGCGUGUAUCAUUUUGUCUUCCUGUUGUAGUGGAUUGUGGUGCGUCCUGAAUAUGAUUGCAGCUUAGUCGUUAUUUUUUUUAUAGCAUUAAUCUCAGCAGAUUCUUAUUGGCACUAACAGGACUUUUAUAGUUCCUGUGAAUAUUUAACAAUCUUAUUGUAUAAUAAAAAUACAUUUUAUAACUGACGGGUAAUGGCAGCCAAUCAUAUUGUCCAACCCAAGGAUACAAGCUAAUAAGGCCUCACUAGGUCCAGCCUAUAUAGACACUUUAUUUUCUCUCGUGCUAGCAAAUUAUGCAUAUAAGAUUAAAACAAUAGGAGACAAUUGACCCAGUAUGUAUGAUUUUGUAUAUAUACUAUUAAUAUUUAGUUUUAAGCAAUGCUUUCUUGGGAAGGGUUAAUUACAGCAUGUUACCUCCAAUCAGAGCCUAUUAUCACACAGCAAGCGUCAAGGCUCGUAUUCACUUAAUAAAGCAAACAUAUUCUUUUUAUAAAAAAAAAAAAAAGGAAUAUUCCAAUAUAUGCACUAUUUUUUUUUUUUUUUUUAGUGGCGAAAUUUUUUUUAGUUUUUUUUUUCUUUAAUGUUGCCUGUGAGGAUGUCUGAUUUAAUGUGCAUUAAUAUAUUUUUUAUUUGUUUGUUAAACCAUUGCUGCUGUUUUCAUUGUAUUUAAAUAUUAAACCUUAAUUAUUGUGAGAUGCAAAUGCUUUCUCAAGAGUAUACUCUGCUCUCUACUUUGUUUUAGAGAAAACUUUUUUUUUAUACCAAAUACUUUGUGUGGAUUUUGAACCGGCUUCCCUUGCAAGAAUGAACUGAAUUGGUGCCUAUACGGAUAUGUGGCGCUGUGGGAGGGGACACGUGCUGUGCGUUGGCAAAGCUCCCAUUGUUCAUUUCUGAUAUAUAAAUAUGAUGUAUGUCUUCAGUGUAGAAUCAUUAAAUUCUGCUGAAACCUUA